AUGACCACUCUGAGAAGACAAAAGAGAACAGGACCAAGUUUCUUGUCUAUGAGUGCUCCUCUCGAUUAUUUCCCACCGAAUCCUUAUUUCGAUGAAAGACCUGGUCCGACGUACGUGCGUCCAAAGGAAAUUCAAGAAAAGAUCAUUGAUCCUGGCCAUAUCUAUGUCCCAUUUCCAAAGUCACCCGGUGGAAAUCACGAUGGUUGCUUCAGCAAGUUUCCAUCUUACUUGAGCGAACCGUAUGAUCUUAGUAUCCCAAGAGUUAUCAUGACCGGACCACCAUUGCUCGCUGGUGGACCUGAUCUACGAACAAAAUAUACUAACAGUAUUAUCAAUCAGGUCACAGCUGUAUCCUGUAACGCGACCAACUAUCGAGAGUAUCACGAACGUGUCUAUCCUUUGACUCAAUAA